CCAGGAGGCUGCGGACAGUCAACAGCAUGGCAGCGGCUGUGAGGGUCGGCUUCGUGGGCGCCGGCAAGAUGGCACAGGCCCUGGCCAGAGGCUUCCUGGCAGCAGGUCUGACGAAGGGAAGCAACAUAGUUGCCAGCUGCCCUCCCCAGGACGAACACCUGCUCAAAGAAUUCCAGGCACUCGGAGCGCAGACCACUCACUCCAACGCCUCGGUGGCUCAGCAGUGCGAUGUGGUCGUCCUGGCCGUGAAGCCACACGUCAUGCCCGCAGUCCUGGAUGACAUGCGCGCCUCAGUCACGUCCGGCCACGUCGUCCUGUCCAUCGCCGCCGGAGUCUCCGUGCAGAGCAUAGAGGACCGCCUGGAGCCCGGCUGCCGCGUGCUGCGAGCCAUGCCCAACACGGCCGUGCAGGUGCGCUGUGGGGCCUCGGUGCUGGUGCGUGGCACUAGCGCCACGGACGAGGACGCCCGCACCACCAGCGCUCUGCUGCGUGCCGUGGGCUCCUGCGACCUAGUGGCCGAGCAGCUGGUGGAUGCCGUCACUGCGCUCAGCGCUUGUGGCCCGGCCUACUUGUACGUGGCAGCAGAGGCCAUGGCGGACGGCGCAGUGAAGAUGGGUGUCCCCCGGGACUUGGCCCAGCGCCUGGCCGCGCAGACGGUGGCUGGAGCUGGCCGGAUGGCCGUGGAGUCGGGCCGACACCCGGCGCAGCUCAAGGAGGACGUGAUGACUCCUGGAGGCUGCACGGCGGCGGCGAUUCACCGCCUCGAGGACUUCCGCUUCCGAGCGGCGCUCAUGGGAGCCGUGGAGGCGGCGACUCUGCACAACCGGCGCGCCUAGACGCCAGAGCGGCGUCCCUGCUCUGACUUGCCGGCUCAGUCUCCUCUAGCUUCUCUGCGAGUCUUUACAAAUGCUAUGUGUCAACUUGUAAUGCAAAUAAGAGCAUAAUAUUACAAUUAAUUAAAUUUAUUAUCACUUA